UGGUGGCGUUAUUAAUUUCGGAUGCUAAAUUCAGAGAAGUGUGUUUUUCUGUGUGCGUGUGAAAGAGAGAGAGGGGGAGAGGAAUCGGAUUAGCCUCUUUGAAUUUUCAAUCACAAUCAAAACACUCAAAAUCUAGGGUUUCUUUUGUUCGUCCUCAGGGAUCUGAGGAUAUGCAACCCAAGUCUGAAACUGCAAAUCAAGCGAGGUCGGAUCCACAUUCCUUACAGACAGCUGGUGUCGGUGGUGUUUACUCUGAACCCUGGUGGCGUGGUGUUGGAUACAAUCCUGUAGGGCAAACAAUGUCUGGUGCCAAUUCAUCGUCUAUUGACUGCCGCAAUGGUGAUUCAGAAUCCAAUGAGGAAGGACAGUCUAUGUCCAAUAGUGGAGUGAAUGAGGAAGAUGAUGAUACCGCUAAGGAUUCGCAGCCUGCUGCUCCUAAUCAAUCAGGAAAUGAACAACAAGGAAUGCAGCACACUGCAUCAUCUGCACUUAUCGUUCACGAAGAAGGCCUCACACAAGCUCCUCCGAUGGAGCUUGUUGGUCAUUCAAUUGCAUGUGCUACAAAUCCUUAUCAGGAUCCAUAUUAUGGGGGCAUGAUGGCAGCUUAUGGUCACCAGCAGUUGGCAUAUCAUCCUUUUAUGGGAAUGCCUCAUCCCAGAAUGCCUUUGCCCCUUGAGAUGGCUCAGGAACCUGUUUAUGUGAAUGCCAAACAAUACCAAGGAAUUCUGAGGCGAAGACAAGCUCGUGCUAAAGCAGAGCUUGAAAGGAAGCUCAUAAAAUCUAGAAAGCCAUAUCUUCAUGAAUCUAGACAUCAGCAUGCUAUGAGAAGGGCAAGAGGCACGGGAGGACGAUUUGCAAAGAAAACUGAUGGCGAAGGCUCAAACAACUCAGGAAAGGAUAAUGGCUCUGGUCCAGUCCUGUCAUCACAUUCAAUUAGUUCAUCUGGUUCAGAACCCUUGCCUUCAGACUCUGCCGAAACCUGGAAUUCUCCCAACAUGCGACAAGAUACAAGAGGAUCGAAUGAAAACGGUGGUGUCUCGUACCAUAAUAACAACAAUGAUAUGCAAUCUUCAAGAUAUCAAGGUGAAAGAGUGGAUGAAGGGGACUGUUCAGGGCAACUACGCGGAAGCAUCUCCUCAAACGAGGCAUCACAGAGACGUCUAGCUAUUCAGUAGACCCCUCUCCUGCACGGGGAAGAUAGAUGCUGAGGUUGGUUUUGUAUCCUAGUGAUAUAUACUUGGUGAAUGAAUACCUUACCUUACCUUGGAUAUCAGUGAAACAUUCUUGGCAAUAUAUAUGCCAAGCGGCAAAUCAUUCUUGGCUUUUGUUUAUGGUGUGAAUGAAUGAUAUAGUAUGGGGGGGAGAAGAAUGAUGAUUGGGGUAUGUGAUUUCUGUUGAAGUCCCGAGCAAUCAAUCCCUCAUUCUUUUCUCAUUUUUGCA